AUGAAUUCCAAAAUAAAAUCUACUCCACACCAAAACAAGUCUGUUCGAAAAGGAAAUCAUGCUAAUUUUACAAAUGAUAUGGGUGAUAUGUCCACAUAUGAAGAUAAAGUCACUGAACACCCAGAGGAAACAAAUUGUUCAGAAAAUCCUGAAGAACAUGCAGCACUAUCAAGCACUAAUAUUCUUCAGGCUAAGGAAGUUUCAACCCUCACUCAGGUUUUUCAUGUACUAUUAGAAGAAGAAAAUUAUUUGAUUCAAUUAGGUGAAGGUACACUAGCAAAAUUCUAUGCAUAUACCAUGGAAAAUACUGGUGUCAACUUAGAAUCAUCUUUUGUCAAAGAUCAAGGACUCUAUAUAAUAGUGUUUGGCAAUCCAGAAGCUGUCAUAAAAGCUGAGAAUGAAAUUUUUAAAUGGUGUCAAGAACAAGAUUUACCUUUAACUCUCAUGUCCAAACAAGAACAUUGCUUUUUUCUAGACCAGACUGGAGAUAAAGCACAACAUUUGGAACAAGAAGAUGAAGUAAAUACUCAGAUCAGAAGUCCACACAAUCAAAACAACUGUAUAAAUGCUAUUAAUGCAUAUCAUAUAAAGAUGAAAUCUUCAGGUGGAAGCCUACCUACAUCUGCCAAAAGAAGCAAGGGUGAUAUCCAUACUUUUGAAAUGAAGAAAAUAUGUAAUCCCCUGACUGCUGAGCCAUACCUUCAAGCAAGUGACAACAUUUUCCAAGAAACAGAGGAACAUAUCCCUUUUCCACUAUAUAGUGCCAAAGGGACAGAAACAGAUAUUAAUGAAAUACAUGUGGAUGAGACUGAUUGUUGUGAAAAUGAGAUGAUUGAAAAGACCAACACUCUAACAGAGGAUGUGAUGAGGAAUUUUCAAGAAACUUAUAGCAUAGGUUUCAGAGGAAGUUUGUUGAAAGAGAUCCUAGAAAGAGCUGGAGAUUCAACAGAUCAAUCACUCUCAGAAAGCGUGUCGGAUUCUGUGACACAACACAGUGAGCCUGACAGUUCAGUGGAGGUAUUUAAUGAACCCGAUUGCAGUGAUGAUGAUUACAUUGUUUCUUCCAUCUCUGCCCCUUCUUGGCUGCACAGGUUUAUUAUUGGUAAGAAAGGUGAAAACAUAACUGAGAUAACAGAUACUGUGCCGAAAGUUCAAAUACAUUUUACAACUGAAGACAAAAUUAUGCUGAAAGGACCAAUAGAUGAUGUAAAUUAUGCUCAAGAAAAAUUUGACAUCAUUGUCAAAGACUUAACUAAUAGAAUGGAAUGUACUGAGAUAAGCAGUGACAGUCAAUUUCAGAAAUACCUGACAGGAAAUAAUGGUGAAAUCCUAAAUAGAAUUACAGAAAAGAACGAAGUAUCUAUCUCAGUGUUUCCUGAAAGUGAAUCAAAGUAUUCCAUUCGAAUUGAAGGAGAAUCUCUAGGUGUUCAGCAAGCCAAAAGAGAACUCCUUGAUCUGGCUAAUAAUUUGGAAGAGGAGCAUAGCCAGGAAAUAAUCAUUAAACACCAAUUUCACCAUAUACUUAUUGGGCAGAAAGGUGAAAGAGUUCGUGAAAUUUGUAAGAAAUUCCCUGAUGUUAUCCUGAAUUUUCCACACCCUGCAGAGAAAAGUGAUGUUGUCCAACUGAUAGGGCCAAAAUAUGAAUCAGAAAGAUGUGCACAGUAUUUGGAGAACUUGUUGAAAAAUAUUAAAGAAAACAACUAUUCUGUAAGUGUUUCUGUGAUGAAAAGGCUUCACAAAAGGAUUAUUGGAAAAGGAGGUUCAAACCUUAAAAAAAUCUCUGAAACAACCAACACCAAGAUUAGUUAUCCACCAGAAAACUGCAACUCAGAGGAGUUUGUCAUUACUGGAUAUCCAGAAAAUUGUGAAAUUGCACGUACCUGGAUACUUUCAAUUCAGCAAGAGAUAGCUGAUACUGCAGAGGAGGAAAUUUCCAUUCCCCCUAAUCUAUACAAAUAUCUGACUGAUCCCAAAGAAUGUUUGAUAAAUUCAAUCAUAGCGGAAUGUGGGAAGAUCUAUCUGCAUUUUCCUAAAAACAAGUCAGGCCUGCCUAAAGUCAUUAUCAAUGGCUCUGUCGAAAGUGUUGAAAAGGCAAAAGCAAAGCUUCUGAAACUCGCAGAAGAGCAAGCCAAGAAUUAUUCUGGGACUCUUCAUAUCAAAUCACAAUAUCAUCAAUUCCUUGUGAAUAAAAACGGAGGUAAUAUUUCCAAAAUCUGUGAAGAGACUGGGACACAUAUUGUUUUCCCUAACCUUAAGAAUAAAGAUCAAGAAUCCAUUACAAUUACAGGGACUGAAGAGGCUGUUAGAGCAGUGAAAAAACGACUAGAGGAUUUGAUUAAAGACUUAGAGAAUGUAGUGGAGGAUUCCAUCCUAAUAAGUCGUAGAUUUCACCAUUAUUUUGUCAUGAGGAAGGGCCAGCUUUUAAGAGAAAUGGCAGAAGAAUAUGGUGGUGUCAUUAUAACAUUCUCUUAUGCAGGGAAAGAGAAUACAAAAGUCACACUAAAAGGGGCAAAGCCUUGUGUUGAGGCAGCAAAGAAACACAUUCGGGUGAUUUUUGAGCCUUUGGGCUCCCAAGUUACAACACGGUAUGUUAUACCUCAGAUGUUCCAACCUUUUAUCAUGGGACCAAUAUCUUCACGAAUCCAGCAAAUUGCCAGGGACUAUAAAGUUCAAAUCAAAUUCCCAGACAUAGAAAAACCAGCCCUACAUAUGGAUCAAGAUAUUCAGGAGAAGGGGAAAGAAAAGUGGAAAAUGUCUGGUAAUGAUCUUGCUUCUGAUUCCUCAAGAAAAUGUGACACCAUAUAUAUCUCAGGCCAAGUGGAAAAUUGCAAGGCAGCUACUGAAGCUCUUGCAUCUUUAAUUCCUGUCACUGCUGAAGUCCACGUGCCCCUUCACCUACAUCCUUACAUCAUCGGGCACAAAGGAAGUGGCUUACGUAAACUAGUAAAAGAAUUUGAAGUUCAUACCGAGAUAUCACAACCUGGAAAAAAUUCCGAUGUUGUAUCUAUUAUGGGCCUUGCAGCAAAUGUGGAACAAGCCAAGAUGAGAUUACAAAAACGAGUACAGGCUUUACAAAUGGAAAUAGAAGAUCGAACACUAAGAAAUUUUAAGCUAGUGUUCAAUCUAGAUUCAAAAUAUCGAUCCAAGAUCACCGGUCAUAAGGGUUUGCUUCUUACUCAGAUUUGCACAGAGCAUGAUGUUACUGUCCAUUUUCCAAAGAAAGGAAGUCAUGACUUGCAAGACCAAGUCACUAUUACUGGCUAUAAAGAGAACACUCUAGCUGCUCGAGAUGCAAUAAUGAGAGUGUUGCAUAAGAUUGAAAAAACAAUUUCUAAGGAAAUUCCACUAAACCAUCAAGUUCGUGGCAAUGUUAUUGGAUUUCGUGGAAAAACCAUCAAUAAAAUAAUGGAUCAAUACCAAGUAGACAUACGUCUACCUCCAAAAGGGUCAUAUAAUCCUAAUAUCACCAUAACUGGGCUCCCUGAUAAUGUACAACAAGCAAUUGAGCAUAUCCUCAAUCUUGAGAAGUACUAUCUGUCAAUUGUCAUAAGCCAUGGACCUCAGCAGGAGCAAACUAAAAGUGUCUCCCUUUGCAAUAUGGCCACAACACCAUCCAAGAGUUUUGUGAGAAAAUACAUUCCUUGUUAUGCUAAAACAACCACAAAGCUCCCAGAUACGGAUAAUUGUGAACAUUUUCCAAGAUUAAAACAGCAAAUGUCUUCUAAGAAUCAUCCUUCAAAACAGUAA